UCUGAUUGGCUGAUAGUCACGGGACCCGCCGCCGAUUGGCCCAUCCACCAGAAGGGGGCGGGACUUGGUCCCGCCAAACACCUGCGCGCUUCUGAGGGCCCCGCCCCGGCCUCCAGUGUGCUUGGGCGGGAGCGGCGACAUCCGGGCACUCGGGGACGGAGCAGGGAGCGGCGGACCCGAGAGGGAACCAGCCCGGGGCUGGCAGGGUCCCGGGCGCGAGCCGGGGAGCGGGCGCCAUGGCGGAGCCGCGGAAGGAGGAAGAGGAGGAGGCCGAGGAGCGGGGCAAGCGGGAGCCGGCCCACCGAGCCACCGUCGCGGCCAAGAACCUGGCCAUCCUCAAGGCCCGCUCCCUGGACGUCACCUUCGAGGUGGGGGACGAGUACGAGGUCAUCGAGACCAUCGGCACCGGGGCCUACGGCGUGGUCAGCUCUGCCCGCCGCAGAUCCACAGGCCAGCAGGUGGCGAUCAAGAAGAUCCCCAACGCCUUCGACGUGGUGAUGAACGCCAAGCGCACCCUCCGCGAGCUCAAGAUCCUCAAACACUUCAAGCACGACAACAUCAUCGCCAUCAAAGACAUCCUGAAACCCGCCGUGCCCUAUGACGACUUCAAAUCCGUGUACGUGGUGCUAGACCUGAUGGAGAGCGACCUUCACCAGAUCAUCCACUCCUCCCAGCCCCUCACGCUGGAACACGUCCGCUACUUCCUCUACCAGCUGCUCCGGGGCCUCAAAUACAUCCACUCGGCCAACGUCAUCCACCGCGACCUCAAGCCCAGCAACUUGCUCAUCAACGAGAACUGCGAGCUGAAGAUCGGUGAUUUCGGCAUGGCCCGGGGGCUGUGCACCAAGCCGGACGAGUACAAAUACUUCAUGACGGAAUACGUGGCCACGCGGUGGUACCGGGCCCCGGAACUCAUGCUCUCCCUCCACGAAUACACGCAGGCCAUCGACAUGUGGUCCGUCGGCUGCAUCUUCGCCGAGAUGCUGGGCCGCAAGCAGCUCUUCCCCGGGAAGAAUUACAUCCACCAGCUGCAACUGAUCAUGACGGUUCUGGGCACGCCGUCCGCCAAGGUGAUCCACGCCAUCGGGGCCGACCGGGUGCGCGCCUACAUCCAGAGCCUGCCCUCCCGCCAGCCGGUGCCCUGGGAGAACCUCUACCAGCAGGCCGACCGCUCGGCCCUGGCGCUGCUGGCCAAGAUGCUGCACUUCGACCCCCGGGAGCGGAUCGCCGUGGCCGAGGCCCUCAAGCACCCCUUCGUGGCCAAGUACCACGACCCGGACGACGAGCCCGACUGCGUGCCCGCCUUCGAUUUCGACUUCGACAAGCAGGUCCUCACCAAGGAGCGCAUCAAGGAGGCCAUCGUGGCCGAGAUCCGCGACUUCCACGCGCGCCGCGAAGGGAUCCGCCGGCAGAUAAGUUUCAAGCCCGCCCUCCGGCCGGCCGCCACCCCCGCCCCCGCCGCCCCCUUGCGCUGCCAGGACGUGGACAUGCCCAGCGCCGGAUCCACCGGGGGAGACUACGCCAUGGAGUCGCCAGCCCCCGGGGAAGUCCCGUACCCGCCGGAGACUAUUGACCUGACCUCGCCCGGGGCUCCCCCGCAGCCCGAGGGGCCGGCCGAGGUAAAGGCUGAGCCGGAGGCAGCGCCGCCGAAGAGGGAGGGGGCCAUCUCGGACGACACCAAGGCGGCGCUCAAGGCCGCCCUGCUGAAGUCGGCUCUGCGCAAUAAGAACAAAGACACCCAGUGCUCCGUGCCGGAGCCCCAGGACGUGCGGAAGCCGGUGACGGCCCAGGAGCGGCAGCGGGAGCGGGAGGAGAAGCGGAAGCGGCGCCAGGAGCGGGCCAAGGAGCGGGAGAAGAAGCAGAAGGAGAAGGAGCGGAAGGAGCUGCGACGCGGGGACGUGCUGCGCGGGCUAGUGCUGAGCGAGAACGACCGCAGCCUCCUGGAGCGAUGGACCAAGAUGAUUGACCGGAACCACCAGAAACCAGCUCACAAUGGGCCCAUGGACCAUGGCCCAGCCGCGCCUGCCGGCCACGUUCCACCGGGAGCCACUGGCCACCUCCCAGCUGCACCUACUGGCCACCUCCCAGCCACGCCUGCUGGUCACGUUCCACCGGGAGCCGCCGGCCACCUUCCAACUGCACCUGCCGGCCACCUUCCAACCACGCCUGCUGGUCAUGUUCCACUGGGAGCUGCUGGCCACCUCCCAGCCACCCCUCCUGGCCACCUUCGACCAGGAGCCACUGGCCACCUCCCAACCACUCCUGCUGGCCACCUUCAACCGGGAACCGCUGGCCACCUCCCAGCCACCCCUGCUGGUCACGUUCCACCGGGAGCCGCUGGCCACCUUCCAGCUGCAUCUGCGGGCCACCUCCCAGCCACCCCUGCUGGCCAUGUUCCACUGGGAGCCACUGGCCACCUCCCAGCCACCCCUGCUGGCCACCUUCGACUGGGAGCCGCUGGCCACCUUCCAGCCACCCCUGCUGGCCACCUUCAACCGGGAGCUGCUAGCCACCUUCCAGCCACCCCUGCUGGCCACCUUCAACCGGGAGCCGCUGGCCACCUUCCAGCCACCCCUGCUGGCCACCUUCAACCGGGAGCCGCUGGCCACCUUCCAGCCACCCCUGCUGGCCACGUUCUGCCAGGAGCUGCUGGCCACCUCCCAUCCACUCCUGCUGGCCACCUUCAACCGGGAGCCGCUGGCCACCUUCCAGCCACCCCUGCUGGCCACGUUCUGCCAGGAGCUGCUGGCCACCUUCCAGCCACCCCUGCUGGCCACGUUCUGCCAGGAGCUGCUGGCCACCUCCCAGCCACUCCUGCUGGCCACAUUCCAUCGGGAGCCACUGGCCACCUCCCAGCCACCCCUGCUGGUCACGCUCCACCGGGUGCCGUUGGCCACCUCCCAGCCACGCCAGCCGGUCACGUCCCGGCCACAUCAGAUUUCUUGAGCUUCCCUGAGAAGGCACCAGCCGGUGGCGGCUCCAAACUCACCGUACUGCCGAUAGUUGCGGAUCCAGCCCACGCCUCGGCCCCCAACGUUGUCCAGUAUUUCCCGGCCCCGCCCGGCCCCUUCCCUCCGGUUCUGGUGGCCCCCUCAGCUUGCCACAAAGCUCUGGCUAAACCCGAGUGCCUCCUGAGUGUCAAAUACGCCCCGGGUCAGAUCUUCCAGGCCCCCUUUGGCCUGGCGGGGAUCAGUGCGUGGCCCGGUGUCCAGUGCCCAGAGAACUGGUCCGUGGCCGGGAGGCCAGCACCUGGGGAAGCCCCGACGACUCCUAGCGGGACACAGCCGCAAGAGGGGCCGUCAGUCCGCGCCGUAGGCAGCCUUGUGACACCAGGCAGGGAGGGCGUGGGGUUGGAUCCGGCCGUCUUCCUGCAGGAGAUGGGGAAGAGGGCUCCGGCUCCGGCAGUGGGAGGAGUCAAAGGGCCCGGCCAGCACCCGAUCGCUAUGGCCGCGUCGCCGGAAACCGCCCCCCCGGAGUCGCCUGACAUCACCAUGGUCACGCAGCAGCUUUCCAAGUCGCAGGUGGAGGAUCUCCUGCCGCCCGUCUUCUCGGUGACCCCCAAGGGCAGCGGGGCAGGCUACGGCGUGGGCUUUGAUCUGGAGGAGUUCCUGAAUCAGUCCUUCGACAUGGUGGGGGAGAACAGGGACAGCCAGGGCGAUUCGGCCCCUCUCUCGGCCUCCCUGCUGGCUGACUGGCUCGAAGUCCAUCGGAUGAACCCCGCCGAUAUGGAGUCCCUCCAGCAGGAGCUGCAGCUGGGCUCUCCCAUGAUCCUCUCCGACAUUCCCGACCUCCAGGACGCCUGAGGCUGAGAUCUCAGCUCCCUUGUGCCUCCCCUCCCCAUGGGGGGCGAGGGUGGGGCCAGGACCAACUCCCCUCUUCCCUUCCCCCUGGGGUCAGGACCGGCUGCGCAUCAGGGUCUUGAUGGGGCAAGCAAGUAGACACUUCCCCCUCGCGAUCGCCUGGGUCCCGUCGCUGGUUUUGCCUGCUGUCCCGUCAGGUCUCAUGUACAGUUAGGCGGAGUCAGGAGGGCUCCCCGCAUGGCUGGGAGAGCUUGACCCUACUCUAGCAGGCACUGUGCUGCGGGGCAGGGGCUCACUAGGGGGUGCUGGGCCCUGGGAAUCAGUGCUGGCCCCGAUGUCCCAGAGCGCCGCCAGGGGGUGCUGCAUUGCAGUGUGGGUGUGUGUUGAUUUCCUUCCUGACCCCUCUGAGUUGCCCUGGAGCAUGAGCGUGGCUCACCUGUCCCUGACUCUUACUAAGCCGAGCUGCCUGGGGACUCCCCGCCCUGGGUGGAAUGGGCCAGCGCUCCUGAGGCCUCGGUUUGAUCCCCGCCCACGCCACAGUGUCGGGGACUUAGCCCGGGCUUGAUCCCAUGGGAUGUGAAUCAUCAUCCUGCUGCAUCAGUCCCCUGUCAUUUCCCUUCUCCUCACUCCUACCUCUGUCUCCCUCCUCUAACUCUGAUUUCUCAUCCCCUCCCGUAAUACCCGGCUUGCCCGCCCGCUGAUUUAGGCACUUAGGAUCCAGAUCCUUACAGCUAUUUAAACACCUGACUCCGACCAGGAUCUAGGUCUUUAGGAGCACAAAUUUUCCCAGAAGUCAGUAGGGUUUAGGAUCCUAAUGGCCUGGAUCGCUGUGGGAUUCAGGAGCCUAAAUCCUGUUAGCCGUUUGGAUGGUAUCUCUUCUUGCGUAAAUCUAAUUCACACUCCCUUCAGUAAACAUGGAGAACAAUUGACCGCUGUCCUCAUUGUAACCGCUCUCAACAUCUUUGAAGACUGUUCUCCGGUCUUCCCUCUGUUUUCUUUUCUCUAGACUAACCAUGCCGGUUUUUUAACCUUUCCUUGUAGGUCAGGUUUCCAAACCUUCGAUCACUUUUGUUUCUUUCCUCUGGACUCUGUCUGAUUUCUCCACAUCUUUCGUAACGUGGCAUCUGGAAUUGGACACGCUACUCCAGCUGAAAUACACCCCGUUAAUACACCCCGUUAAUACACCCCGGAUGACAUUAGCUUUUCUCGCCACUUCCAUUUAGAGGUGAGUAACAUUUUCAGCUACAAACCCCCGCAAAUUCGGUGUACCCGAAACCUUUCAAAGAGAUGUCCUUGGUUUUGCUGAAUUGUUUUGGUUGAAAAACCAGCCAAAAAACUCCAAGGAAAAUAAAAAAAAUUGACACCUUAGGGCUAAAACGUUUUUCAUUUUUUCAAUUCCAAAUUUAAUAUCAUGAAAAAAAAAAAAGAAAACCAGAAAACAGUAGAAACCUUUUGUUUUGGCACUUUCAGAAGUGUCGCGUUUUCUCUUGGAAGCGGCUGGUCAUACAGAAAUUUGCCUGUAACUUAAGUUUUAAAAUAGGGAAAAUGUAAAAAACAGCUCAAAAUAUUUAGUUUGGCUGGAAACAGAUCUUUUUCCCUUUUUGAUUUGCCUGGCGUUUUUAAAAAUUGCCAUUCCUCUUUGACCCCAAAUUCUUCUUCUUCUUAUUCUUUUGCAAAGAACUGAAAACUCCAUUAUUUGUCCAACUUAAUUCCACCAGUUUACUCUGGUCCCCACUCUGCAUUGAAUCUAAUCUCCAGUCCCCUCUUUACUUUUCGAAUACAAUCCCCAUUCUCAUUGUUUAAACCUGUCUAAUCUAAUCCCCACUCAGUGUCUCGUGUAAUAUCUAUUCUCUUUUUUAUCUACCUAAUUUAUCCCCCACUUUGGGUCUAAUACAGUCUAGUCUCCUUUUUACCUGCCUAAUCUAAUCUCAUUAUCAAAUCUAAUCCCUAAAAGAUGCUCAGAACAUUUUUUAUCAAAACAACUGGUUUUCAUGUUAAAAAAAAGCCAUUUUGACAACACCGGAUCCCCCCCCGCAAAUGGUAUCAUGUCAAUUCCAUUUUGUUUAUUUUAUUUGAACCUGUCACACAUUUCAAUAUUUCAUUCGCAAACCACUUUUCGUUUUGCUGAUUUAUUUUAUACCAAAAACCAAAGAAAUUCCUAAAUGUUUUGAAUGAACCAAAGUGAAA